CUUUGUAUAUUUUUGUUGUAAUUGUUUACAUCAUGUCACUGCUUCUUCAAUGGCUUUUGGGAAUUGAAAAUCUUUGGGAGAAACUUUGGCGACUGUCGUUAAUUCCAAUGGGAAAUAACAAGAAACUUAUCUUGUUUUCUGGUUUACCGGUUGUGAUGGGAUAUUUUUGGAUCGUAGCUGGAAUCUUCCUUGUCUAUGACCUUACACAAUGGCCAAAGUAUUUGCGUAGAUACAAAAUACAACCAAAUAUGAAUAAUCCAGUUGAUAGAGAAAAGUUACGGAAGGUCAUCAAGGCAGUGGCUCUGAAUCAUCUUUUUUUAAACACAUCUGUUAUUGGUGUUGGAAUUUUUCUUCUCGACAAAUAUCAUUAUAUUGAUAAAAUGGAUUUCUAUGCAGUUCCAUCGUUCCCUAAGCUCUUAAUUGGUCAUUUGGGUUGCGUUUUGAUUUAUGAGAUGAUAUUUUAUUAUAAUCAUCGUUUGAUACAUACGAAGUGGCUUUAUAAACAUAUUCAUAAGAAGCAUCAUGAAUGGACAGCACCAAUUACCCUUGCAAGUCAAUAUGCACAUCCCAUAGAACAUUUAAUCUGCAAUGUUUUACCGACAAUUGGCACCGUCAUUCUACGAGUUGACAUGCCAACUGCACUUUUCUUCAACAUUUUUAUCAUGACAACUUCGAUUCUUGAACAUUGCGGACUUCACUUGCCAUUCCUUCAUAGCGCAGUCUUUCAUGACUAUCAUCAUGAGAAGUUCAACGAAUGUUUUAGUUCAAAUGGGAUGUGGGAUCAGUUACACGGAACAAGUAAAACCUUCAUGGAAUCGGAAAGUGGAAGGAGACAUAAAACUUUAAUCGGAUUUAAACCUUUUUAUAGAAAUAAGCAAGUUUCAAAGGAA